GCAAAUUCAAAGCAUGAAAUGAAGGGAGGAAGCACCAACGUAUUUAAAAGUCGGUAUGCUGUGAUAAAGAAGCUUGGAAAAGGUGCUAGCGGAAAAACGUACUUGGUGGAGGACUUACAUGAACAUCGAAAUUGCACGUAAUUAAUGACCUUUUUGAAUGGACCGUGAUCAGUAGAGUUUUGAAAGCUUUGAAGUGCAUAAGACUUGAUGAUAGUUCACCGACAAUUCAGAAAGAUUAUGAAAAGGAAGCUUAUCUUUUAUCGAGUUUAAAACAUCCGUAUAUACUCUGCAUUCAUGAAAGCUUUGUUGAAAAAAAUAGGUUUUGCAUUGUAUCAGAAUAUUGUGAAGGAGGUGACCUAACCAAUUAUAUAAAUCAAACGAAGAGUAAAGGAGAACAUAUCAGUGAGAAUGUUAUUGGAAAAUGGCUUGUACAACUUAUUUUGGCCACAGUUUAUAUGCAUAAAAAUAAAAUACUCCAUAGGGACUUAAAAACAAGUAACAUAUUUUUAAAAAAUGGCAAUGUUAAAGUUGGUGAUUUUGGCAUUUCCCGUUCUCUGGCUACGACGGAGGAACUGGCAACUACGUUUAUUGGAACUCCUUAUUACAUGAGUCCAGAAGUUUUGAAGUACGAAGGAUAUAACAACAAAUCCGAUAUUUGGUCAAUCGGGAUAAUCCUGUAUGAACUCUGCACUCAAAGAAGAGCAUUCACUGGAACUAAUCUAAUGCGUGUUAUGUGGCAGGUGAUAAAUGAUCCUUGUCCUCAGUUGCCGGAGAUUUAUUCAAAAGAACUGCAAGACGCUUUAGAACUGAUGUUAAAGAAAACUCCUCAAGAACGACCAUCUGCUUCAGAACUUCUUCACUUAAAUGUCAUUCACUCGUUUUUACAUGACUUAUACAAAGAAAUCAUAUUUCACAUGCAAAAUGAAUUGUCUGAUGAAAAUUGGAAUAAUCAAAGAGAAUCUCAUCGACUUAUAUCGUUUGAAGAAUUCAUCAGUUAUCCAGAUUCAGCUUUACAUCAACACCAGUCAACUGGAAACGCUGAAGAGCUUUCAAUGCAAAUAAAUGAAGAGAUUGAAGAAAAUGUAGAACAUUCAGAAGAUCAAUACUUAACACCACGUCAAAAAGUUAAAUUAAAUAAAGCCACUGAAUCAGAUCGAAGUGUUGUGAUCUUAAGAGAUUUAGCAGAACAGCUAACAUACACUCGCAAUAUUUUUAAUUCUACAAAGGAAACCCAGUUGCACACCUUGCAGAAAAGAUAUCCAUCAUUGAAUCAUAUAUGGCCUACAAUUCAAACGCCUACAGAGAAACUACUAAAUGAAUUAAAAAAUUUUUACUUAGAGAAAAUAAAUAACGAACAAAACGUAAAUGAUGAACUAGAUGACUUGGAAAAUGUAGAUGAUUCAUUCUGGCCAAAUAAACCAUAUUUAGAAGAAAAUAACAUAUUGCUAGGCAAAGGUCCAGGCGCUGAAGAUGAAAGUCUUGGAAUGUCUUAUUUUUCGAAUUCUGUAAAACAAGGAAGUGAACAAAAUGAAGAUUCAAACGAUCAUACGAGUCUUACUGAAAUAGAAACUUUUUAUCCUUCACCCAGAUUAAUAGGUCCAGUUUAUGAUUAUACCACAAUCGAUGAAUUUAAAAAACAAGGUUGCAAUCAUAAGCCAAAUAUUAUUGAUCAUGGUGACAGUAAUCAAGAGAAUUUGUUUAUACGUCGACAACUUACGUCUGUGGAAACGUUGAAUGAUAAAUACGUACAGUCAGCAAGACAGCUGAGUGAUAUUAAUAAUUCUAAAUUGAAAUGUUGUAGUGUGUUUACUGAUGAUACUGAACUUAUGGAGACUUAUUAUACAAAUUAUGAUGACCAGCUGUUAAAUUAUGCGAAAAAUUUCAAUAAAGAUGAUUUCAAAGAAUUAGAAAAAGAUGAAAAUAUUCUUCAGGAUAAUCUAGAAGACAUAGAAAAUCGCGAUAAUGAAGAUCCAACUGAUACGUUGAACGAUGUACUUGUUUGCAUGAAAGCAGCUUUAUGUCAUCCUGAAGAUUGUAAUACAAUAGUCUUGGAUGAUGAAGCUAAGAACAUAUUCAGUCCAGAGGUUAAAGCUAAAAGAAUUGAUGCUUUGAAAAAAUAUUGCAUCGAAAAACUUGGUGAAAAAGAAUUCGACAAUGCUUACCAUUAUCUUUAUCAAAAGCGUAUUUUAGAAAUUAAUCAAUCUGAUGAAUUGGCCAUACUGAAUGGCUUAAAACGUUAUUGUUCCGAUGUGACUACUGGGUUUCUACUUGAUCAUUUAAUCUUUCUUGAAAAUGAUGCUGUAAAACAAACAAUGAAUGUUCAAUUAUCUGAAUCUGUUUACCAAGUCUUAAAUGAUAAUUUAUCAUUUUGUAUGUAAACUAAAUUACACAAACACUUCAAGAAAGCAAAUCAAAGUAUAAAUAAGUAUGCAAAUUUCAUGGCUGUGAAUCUUAUUUUGAUCUCUGUUUUUUUUUCUAAACGUACACUAUGGUUCUCACUGUUAGAAAAUUUCCUGUUCAAUUUAAUUUCUAAGAAUAACAUAUGUUACUACUGUUCACUUCUUCGUGACUUAUUACAUCUUAUGCUUAACCAGUUACUUUUCUUAGAUUUGCUUACUCUGAAACAUUUGAUAUUUGGUAGUUUUGUUUCCUAGUUUGAAUCAGUUCUACCCAUGAAUAAACAUACUUUUUUAAAA